CGUCUUCCUGUGGGUUGAGCUCGACCAGAAGGGGGCGGUAUUGGCUGUCUUUGAAACCAUAAUGGUACUGGGGCUGACAGGACUGACCAAGAAUAAAUUAUGAAGCGUUGCCCCUUUGAGAACGGGUCAUCACUAUCAAUCAUGUGCUUAAGAAAGUGAACAAACUCGUACAACCCAAAGACAAAUAAACUAAAUACUACUAUAAUACUAUAAAUUACUACAUUAUUCAUUGUAAUACUAGAUAACUAUUUUAUUUAUUUAAACUCUUCAAAAACAUAAUUCCUCGAGAAUUCUGUACAUUAUUCCAAAAAACGAAAAUUAAAACUUAUAAACGUCUUUCAGCAAUAAUUUCAUAUGUUUGUGAACAGUGGCGCGCUUAUUUCUUGGUUGCCAGACACUUUAAAAAAUUAACCUCGAGCGUUGCGACAACACCUUAACUGACGAAUUAUAAAACAAUGUAAAAGAAAAUUAGGCACUCUAGUAACACUCUAGAUCUGUUACAUACACACAUACUAAAUAUAAAAUGAUUUAAAUAUAAAAUAAAAUGAUACAAUGCUGUAAACUGAAGCUCAGCUAUCCAGCUUUUCUAUGUGCAACUGGCAACCAGAUCUUCCCUCCCUCUUUCUGCUGACGUCACAUAGCAAACGUCACACAGAAUCGCCCUCCUCCAUUCAGUUCCUCGAGCAGUGGUCUGCCUCGCUUUGCCAUUUUUCGAAAUAAAAACAAAAACAGGUGAUCGCAAGAGCAAACAAGUUUGGCUUAAAUUACAACACCGCGAUGGAGUUUGGAGUACGCCACGGGUACAUGUAAAGAUGCUCGGCGAAGAGACAUCUGUGAAUAGAGUGAUAUUUGAAAAGGCCGGUUGAAUUGUGCGUCGAGUGUCAGCCAAUCGGAUGCCCUUGAUUAGUAAUGACAGACAGUAAGGGGAGUUCACUACCUGCAAUGCCAGAGCCCAUGAGUCCUACCACCAUGAAGCAACCCCCUGAUUCACCUGGUGGAUGUAAGGGACUUGGUGAUGGGAGCGCUGGCCCUACCAUGCUUUUGGAUAAAGCUGCCACCCAGCUGGCUGCUACACCACAAGAAAGCGUUCUACAGAUGAUCAGUCAUAAUCACACACACAGUCAUAACCAUACUCAUGAGCGACUUAAGGACCUGACUUCUCGCUUGUUAAAUGGCGAUCAGGACAAAAUCCCGAAACUUUGUGCCGCUACAGCCGCACAGCCCCAUCUCAAGGGAGUGGAGCCUGUCCCUCAGCAUGCCAGCCCUCCAAGGAAGUCUUGUGCCGCUCCUGAACUUAAAUUACAAAUUACUAAAUGUGUUGUAAAUAUGAAAUCGAUCCGAUAUGAAGAAGAAUUUGAAGGGCAAGUAACGGAGGACAAAGAUGCACCUUUGAGACUUUCAGAGGACGUUCUGGCCUCUCCAACUGCCAGGAGCGAAAGCAGAAAGAAGAAGAGGGGGCUUGUGAGGAAGAGAACCCCACCAAAUCGAAGAUGCCCCAUUUUAGCCCCUGCUGUAAUCUCCGAUACAUCUCCUCUUCUGCACAGUACCAUAAUGUCACAUGACCUCAUCAGUGAGCCAUGUGUUCCUCCCACUGAAUCUAAUGAACAGGCUGAUUGUGAUAUACUUGCUACUGUGCCUCCCGCUCCUGUACAGCAGUCUGUGUCAGAGUGUGAGGUGAGUAAUGUUGCACAGGUUGUGGAUGAUGUGAAAAUGAAGGAUUCAGACGCACAGACCCAUGUGCACUACUCCGUUGGAGACAUUAUCUGGACCAAGGUGUCUGGAUACCCAUGGUGGCCAUGCAUGAUCACUACAGACCCAGAGUUAGACGUGCACUUUAGGUCAAAAGUUCCUAGCCGCACAGGAUUGUUGUAUCAUGUGCAGUACUUUGGAAAUGCCCCAGAGAGAGGAUAUGUCUUUGAGAAGAGCAUAGUCACCUUUUCAGGAAAAGACCAAUACCAAUCACUUAGCCAUGGCACCAAACUACAGACUGAAACCAGUGGAAGUAAGAGGGCAAUUCCGCGUAAGAUCCAGGAACAGUGGGAGAUAGGUGUUUCCCAGGCAACGGAGGCAUUGGGUCUGCUAAUAGAGGAGCGACUGGCCAAAUUCAGCUUUGUAUACGAAGAGGGCAAAGCCCAGUUCAACCCACACAUGUUACAGGAGCUUCAAGCACAACAUAAUCAGACUCAGGAGCUUGUCAGCCUCACUCCCCCAGACUCCACCCAGUCCAGCCCCAAUUCCACAAAAACUACCACCGUCCCCAACCUCCCCUGCCAUCCUCCCACAGACAGCAGCACUUCAGCAGGUAAACCCGCCCUGCCCAGAAAAGCACCUAAAACCUCGAUAAAAAGGGAUCGCCGUAGACGGCGUACCACAACAGAGCCUGCUUCUGUGAAAAAGACCUCUUCUAUCAAGUCUACUGUUCAGGAUCCCUGCACUGCACCAGAGACACUUGAAUCCGAGAAAGAAAGAAAGACGAAAGCUAGAAAACGGACAUCUCGGAAAAAGGACGUACUCUGUAUUGAGUUGGACCUUCAGCCACAAGCCCCUCAGAGAAAACAGAGGCAGCUCAGGCAGAAGUUUCCUGCGGCACCAAACUCGGUAAAGAAAAGGAGAGCCAAAGCAGGUGUCAGCAUCUUUGACACUUUAAGCACACAGUCCACUAAUCCCACUCUUCUAGAUUCGAAGGUAUCGGCACUAAACCCCAAACCAUUGAAGGAUAAGGAUGAUACAGCCUCUAAAGGAAAGAAGAACGUCUCUAAACGUGUACGAGAGUCAAAGGAGGAUGUGUCGCCCCAGCCCAGAAAGAGGAGCAAGAUUGAAAAUGAGCUAAAAAAGCAAAGAGGCCGAAAGAAGGCACAAUCAGAUGAAGCUGCUGCCACCUCACAGAGAAGGAGGAGGAAACCAAAAUCGGACAGGGAUGAUAAAAAGAAAUCCCCAAGGGAGGUAUCUCCGGCUAAGGUCAAACGUGUCAGGAAACGGAAACAGGAGUCUAGUAGACAAUCCGUUCCUGCCUCAGCCAAAAAGCGCCGUCCACCAUCAUCUCCAGAGCCAGAGAGUUUGGUGUGCGAGCACAGACCAGAUUCUCCCAGUGACAGCACGGACGAAUCACAUGCCUCAAAAAAGACAGAGCGCACUGCCGCAGCCAAGAAAGAGAGCGUGUGUCUUGUGUGUGAGAAGACAGGUGAGGAUCUAGUGACGUGUGAGGGACAGUGCUGUGGCUCAUAUCAUCCCCAGUGUAUCGGAUUGGACAGGUCAGCCAAAAAGGUGCUCUGUACCACUUGUACUUCAGGUGUUCAUGUGUGUUUCACCUGUAAGAAGUUUGAUGGGGAAGUGCAACGCUGUUGCGUGCUUCACUGUGGCCGGUUCUAUCACGAGGCCUGUGUGCGGUUGAGCGAUCUGACCGUCUUUGAGAACCGAGGGUUCCGCUGUCCCUUGCACACCUGCCUCAGCUGCCACAACAGUGGCCGUGGAAAUGGCAAGGCUGCCAAAGGUAAGAUGAUGCGGUGUUUGCGCUGUCCUGUGGCAUAUCAUGUUGGAGAUCUGUGCGUUGCCGCGGGUAGUGAGAUGCUCUCCUCCACUUCCAUUGUGUGCACAAACCACUUCAGGCCGAAGAAGGGCUACAGUCACCAUUCCCACGUCAACGUCAGCUGGUGCUUUAUCUGCUCUAAAGGUGGCAGGCUGCUAUGCUGUGAGUCUUGUCCUGCUGCAUUUCAUCCUGACUGUCUGAACAUUGCUAUGCCUGAUGGCAGCUGGUUCUGUAAUGACUGCCGCUCAGGAAAGAAACCCAAGUACAGAGACAUCAUUUGGGUCAAACUGGGCAACUACAGGUGGUGGCCUGCUGAGAUUCGUCAUCCCAAGAACAUCCCAACAAAUAUCCAACACCUCCGACAUGAAAUCGGAGAGUUCCCAGUGUUCUUCUUCGGCUCAAAGGACUACUUUUGGACCCACCAGGGCAGAGUGUUUCCUUACAUGGAGGGGGACAGGGGAAGCAAAUACCAGCAGAAUGGAAUUGGGAAGGUUUUUAAGAAUGCGCUGUUGGAUGCCGAAGCUCGUUUUAAUGAGGUCAAGAUGGAGAGAGAGGCCAAAGAAGCCCAAGAAAAUAACAAGAAACCUCCUCCUUACAAAUUCAUUAAGGUAAACAAGCCUUGCGGGGGAGUGCAGGUUUACACUGCAGACAUUUCUGAGAUUCCCAAAUGUAACUGCAAGCCAUCAGACGAGCGGCCCUGCAGCUUCGAGUCGGAGUGUCUGAACCGCAUGCUGUUGUACGAGUGCCAUCCGCAAGUGUGUCCCGCCGGAGACCGCUGCCAGAAUCAGGACUUCACCAAACGCCUCUACCCUGAAACCAAAAUCGUUCGCACUGCAGGCAAAGGCUGGGGCCUACUUGCAAUGAGAGACAUUAAGAAAGGCGAGUUUGUGAAUGAAUAUGUGGGCGAGCUCAUUGAUGAAGAGGAGUGUAUAGCAAGAAUCAAAUACGCUCAAGAGAACGACAUCACACACUUUUAUAUGCUCACAAUUGACAAGGAUCGGAUUAUAGAUGCAGGUCCCAAAGGGAACUUCUCUCGUUUCAUGAACCACAGCUGUCAGCCCAACUGUGAGACUCAGAAAUGGACCGUUAAUGGAGACACACGUGUGGGCUUGUUCGCCGUGUGUGACAUCCCUACUGGAACUGAACUCACUUUUAAUUAUAAUCUGGACUGCUUGGGGAAUGAAAAGACUGCGUGUCAAUGUGGAGCGCCCAACUGCAGUGGUUUCUUAGGUGACAGACCCAAGAACGGUCAUUCAUCUGAGCCCAAAGCCAAGCAUCAGAAGAAGAAGCCCAAAAAGAGAAGGCCCAGGAACGAAGGGAAGAAGUCUGAGGAUGAGUGUUUCCGUUGUGGGGAUGGAGGAGAGCUGGUUCUAUGCGAUAAGAAGGGCUGCACCAAAGCCUAUCACCUUUCCUGCCUUGACCGCACCAAAAGACCAUUUGGUCGAUGGGACUGCCCCUGGCACCAUUGUGAUAUCUGCGGAAAGAACUCUGAUGCUUUCUGCCAGCUGUGUCCUAACUCCUUUUGCAAGGCUCACCAGGAGGGGGCGCUCCUGUUGCACCCACUCACAGGCCGCCUCUGCUGUCAGGAACAUGAAGACUCCGAUAUUCACACCCAGGCAGAGACCUCCAAUGAUCACGCAUCUAUCUCUAAACUGACCUCAACUACCAAACCACGCAAGUACAGACGAAGGGCAGGGUCCAAAACUGGCAGAGCCGGCAGAGCGGAGGUCAAAACCGGCACCAAAACGCCAGCUCCCAAAAAGAGGGGCCGUAAAAAGGCAGCAGACGUGUAGUGGGAUAUUGAACUGUGGAACCUGUCAUUCCUCCCACUAACUCCGCCCCUUUCCUCAGCCCUGCCCUGAAUGAUUCAGUGAUGAUUGACGUCGCCGUGACUGUUCUCCCAAACUGAAAGCACUGUAUGUGUCUGAUCAGGGAAGCGUGUUUAACACUGUAGAGCCGACAAGUCAGGUUCCUCUCCUCACCCUGCCUCUCUUUGUGUUUCCCUCCUGUAUGUGUUUGUGUGCACUAAGAGAAACGGGCACGGGCAUCUGACACAGAGCCGACAGCUGGAACACCUCAAAUCAACAGCAUUAGACGCCAAACUUGAAACGUUUUACACCUUUUUGAAUCUUGGCAUAGAUGUUUGUGUGCGUUUUUUGUUUUUUUUAACAGUAGAUAUGUAUAUGGAAAUGUAUAUGAAAGACCAAAAUUAUAAUAAUACUGGAUUUAUUGUUAGUAACAGGUGCCAGGAAUCUUUUUUUGUAUUUUGUUUUGUUUUAACAAGUGGUAUCUUUAACAAGACACUAUGGGUAGCCCUUGAAUUACAUUUUUAUAGUGAGAUGAGUCCAUUUAACUAUAGAGCAGCACAUUUUUUAUUUUUAUUUUUUAGCUCGGUUCAUUUUUGUAGCUCAUUUUUUGAGUUUCCGUAAGCAGAAUAUUAGGAUGUUAAAUGAGUCUGUGAAAUCGACCUAUUCGGAGUUUUAAAAGAGCAAAUCAUGACGGGGCUUCUUGUGAUACUUGCGAGAAAUAAAGCUUUUUAAAGCAG